GUUGUACUAUAUGGAUCGUCGCUUCGAGCGCGCACAGUCAGUCGCAGUUCUCCGAUCAACGUAAACAGUACGCAAAUAACGGUGAUACGCUUACUAGCUAACGGUGUGUCAAAUAAAAAUAAAGGAAAUAAAAUCCUGCAUUUUUUGUUUUAGAAAAUCAUUAAUUCAAUUUAAACUAACUGAAUAACAACAAAAAACACAAGCAAAGCACAAAAAGGUUUCCUAAAAAUGUGAAAAGUGAAACAGCGAUAACUGGAAGAGCUGCAAAACGCGCAUCUCUUUAACGAGUGCACAUCCCAAACGGACACAAAGACACUGGAAAUACUAAAAACAAUACACACAUUCCUUAAUAAGAAGUACUCAAGUGAUAAAAAAGGCAAAGAAACGCCAAGUAAAUAAUUCAAUAAGCGCAUAUAAACAAGGCGAAAAAUCCGUGUUAUUAGUUGGAGAGACGGCGGUCGCUUCGCCCACUGCCACUGCUGACGGACGCGACGCGCAGCGCGUCAUCAAUGCAGGAGAACUAAGCAAAACUGAGUGAAAUGACAAAUCGCAAAAAAGACACGGCGAGUAAGUGUACCACAACAGCAACAAUAGCAACAAGAAUAAGCGACACAAUGUCAACGGCUUCGCACACAAGUGAAACACAAACAGACGCUACGGUAAUGAAUAGUUGGUUAUGCAAUAACAACAAAAGCAACAGCAAUCAAAAUGACACAAACAAAGCGUGUAAUAACAACAAACCGGCGAACGCGUCACUUUGCCGCCCCGCCACGGCCGCAGCCGCGCUCGCCAUAGCGCUGCUCUUCUUGAUUAACAUAUCCUGUGCGACGAGCGCGCGCGAUCAUCUGCACAAGCAGACACAUCUGGAGGCGAAGGUUGGCUCACAUGUGGUAUUCAAUUGCCCCAUUAACUUUCCGUACGACGUGCCCAUCGAGUAUUUGGUCAUCUGGAGCAAAGAGAACAAGAAGAUCUUCACCUGGUACGAGGGUGAGUCCAUCGCUAGUGAGCUGUUUAAUGGACGUUUAAAUCUGGUCACCAAUCAUCCGGAAUAUGGCAAAGCAUCUGUUAAUCUCACCGCCAUACGUGAGUCCGAUCAGGGUUGGUAUCACUGCCAAAUCAUCUUCCCCAAUCGUACGCCAAGUGUGCGCAACAACGGUACACUCUUUCAUCUAGCCGUGCAAGGUGGUUCGCUCAUAAAAAUACCGCCAGUAAAUCAAACGAUUAUGGAAGGUCAAACGGCGUUCUUCCAUUGUGUAAUGAAAUAUCCUGAAACAUCGACCAUUGGCUGGUUCAAAGAUGGCACGCCACUAGAGGAUGUACAGGACCUGAUGCGACGCUGUCACACCGGACCCGAUGGCAGUCUCAGCAUCGAUCCGACAAUGAUGAGCGAUUUGGGCGAAUACGAGUGCCGUGUCAACAACACAGAGGGCGAAUUUCAAUUUGCCAAAGCAUUCCUUAACAUACAAUAUAAGGCCAAAGUGAUUUAUGCACCGCCGGAGGUUUACCUGCCAUUCGGACAGCCCGCAGUGCUCGAUUGUCAUUUUCGCGCCAAUCCGCCACUGAAAAAUUUGCGCUGGGAAAAAGAUGGACUGCUCUUCGACUCAUACAAUGUGCCGGGCGUUUUCUACAAAAGCAACGGCAGUCUGUAUUUCUCCAAAGUGGACGAGAGCACGGCGGGCAGUUAUACGUGCACACCCUACAACGAUCUGGGCACGGACGGACCAUCGCCCAUCAUUAGUGUAAUUGUAUUGCGACCGCCAAUAUUCACCAUAACACCGAAACCCAUUUACAUACAGAAGCUGGGCGAAACGGCCGAAUUGCCAUGCGAAGCCAUUGACCGAGACGGAAACAAUCGGCCGACAAUUGUCUGGAGUCGAAAAGAUGGCAGCACAUUGCCCGAUGAGCGACACACCAUCAGCGCUGGCAAUUUAAUCAUUACGAAUUUGGUCGAAACGGAUCGCGGUAUGUACGAGUGUUCGGCCACUAAUGAAGCGGCGACCAUAACGGCCGAAACGGAAUUGAUGAUCGAGAAUAUUGCACCGCGACCGCCGUACAAUUUGACGGCGAACAGCACGGAAACAGCGAUAACGGUACGCUGGCAACCAGGCUACCUGCGACCCAAUCUCGAGUACACCGUGUGGUAUCGUCUCACCGAUUCACCGGAGUGGCGCACCAUGCGCAUACUGCAGAAGAACAUUAUGGAGGUGACAGUGCAGAAUUUGCAGCCAGGUCAAGUAUACGAAUUCAUGGUACUCAGUCAGGAUAAAUAUGGGGACGGCAUGUUCAGCAAAACGCUACGAUUCGCAACGCAACCAGAAUCGAGCACAGUAUCGAACGAGGCGAACAUGCUGCUCCAAUCCGAUCCACUGUCGAGCAGCAUUAGCGCACCCGUGAACCUCACCGCCACGAAUAAUGUACAAGGCUGGUUGUUGCACUGGCAGCCACCGAAACGCGGCUCCGAAUCGGUACGCCUGUACACGGUGCGCUGGUGGAAGGAGCCAGAACAUUUCCUCAUCGGCACCAUCGAAACCUUCGACAACUUCUAUCAGUUGCGCCAUCUCAAGGAGGAUGCCAUCUUUCAGAUACAAGUGAUAGCCACGUCCAUCAACGGCGAGCAGGUGGCCAGCGAUGUGCUCACCAUCGAGGUGCCGUCGCACCGCAAGACACGUGCCUUACUCAUCGGCAGCACGGUGGGCAUUGCCUUUCUGCUCUGCGCUCUGGUCGCGUUCUUGUACGUGAAGCGCAGUUGUCUGCGUCAUUUGUUCGCCAACGAAGACAGUGAUGGCGAUGCUAAGGACAGUGAGAAGAUGAACAACACCUGAGUAUAUGAGAUCAGCUGGCAAUUCCAUAUGCAAGCGGUCGGCGAGAGUCACUGAGUUGUCUGUAUGUAUGUAGUAGUGAAAGCGAACGAGCCAAAGCCACAGCCAUAGAACACCGACCUCUCCCUCCCACCCAUGAACUAAAGGAGCAAGCCAUCUAGCGAGUAAGCGCGCUGGAACGAGCGCACAUCGGCUUUUGAAAUUAUUUUCUUUUCUCUUUUAAUUUGUUAUUUUAUUAAUACUAUCGGUAUCUUAAAUAAUAUAUGAAAUGUAAAAAUCAUUGAAAUGUACUCGAAUGUAAGCCAUUAACCCCAAAAGUUUCAGCAAUAUGAUAUUCUAAUUUCUAAUUUAAAUGUAAAACUAACUGCGGUAAUAAAUUUAAAAUAACUUAUGGAAUAAAUAAA